AUGAAUUUCACAACUUCGGAUACCGAUGAUUAUCCAGGCAGUUACCAGUCAUCGAAUCCAUCCUCAUACAAAAGACUCCAGAAAACACGAAGCAUGUUUAGUGUUGGCCAAAUGUUCUCAAAAGACUCGUCACAGGAUGAGUAUUCAUCUUCCGUUGUAUAUUCAUCUGAGCGCUCCCCCGAUAGUAUGUCGAGCAAGAAUAGGAGAAAAUCAACAUCUUUCUUACGAGGAGGGACAGAUUUCAUGCCUGAGUCAGUAAGGAGGCAGUUAGAAGAGGAGAAAUAUACACAAAAGGAUCGUAAAUCUUUUUAUCUAUCUACGUCUAAGAGACAUAGUACGUUUCCAGAAACGGUACGCGGAAAAAAGAAGGACCCAGACGAGUCGGUGUCUAUUUCAGUACGGAAGGCAGUUGGUGAAAAAGCGAGGAAAAUUUCGGCCUCUUUUUUUGGAACUAUGCGUAGAGCAUUGGGGAAAAAGGUCAAGCUUGAACCAGCAUUCCCCGAGCAACAUGUCACAUCGACUCGGCAGCACUUUCGAGAUUAUGUCAGUCCUUCAGAGCUUCACGAGGAUAUUAUCGAUAUCCCUGAGCCGAAUAAUCUUACGAUCCGCCCAGCUGUUAUCUCAAGGGCACCAACAUUCAGACAUGUUCCGUCAUGUGAAAUGUUGCGUUCCGUCGCUGGGUCCUUGGGGGAAGCAACCCCGCCAAUGAAAAUACAGCCACCGCAUAGAAUUUCAUCUACGACUACAGAUGGUAAGUCUACAUGGAAUGCCACAUUAGGGGCUUCAUUGAAGAAGAAGCGGCUCUCUAUAAUAGACGAAAACAUGCCAAAUAAGAUUAAGGAUAACAUUUAUUCUCCACCUUCGGUUGGAGAACAGCAGGUGCGAAAGAGCUACGAAGCAAAGAGAGUUUAUUCUGCGUUGAUGAGACGUCUUGAUCGGGGCUCGCCGAGUGCAAGAAGGGAGGAAGCCGAGUAUGUUCAUGGACCUGGGUAUAAUGGACCUGGAUACUACAUGGCACCUGGGUUAGCUUUAAGACCAGAAGAAGAAAAUAUGUUUGAGAGGCCCUACACAGCCGCAUCUACUAAUACUGUCGUAACUGCUAUUAGAAAGGAUAGUGGGAAAUGGACGCGCGACUUGAACAGCGGAGGAGGGGUCCCACCACCUGUGCCGGCGCGGCCAUUGUCUUAUCAACAAGGAGAGAGCAGCAAGAGUAAUACGAAAGAGUGGGUUGUUAGUAACCCUGUACAUGAAGAAUUACGACAGAUGAGCGUAGAUUCGCAUCUUGCAGGGCUGGCCAAGCAAGUUUCAGGUUUGGCUAUCAAGUCCGAGAAAGAUUCUGGGCCCCCAGUGGAUAUCCCUAUUACCCCUCAGAACACAGUAAGGAGAAGACUGCGUGUAACCAGGUCCGCAUCGACGUUUUUUCCGUACUCGAGCUCAGUUGAUGAACUCGUGAGGGAAUCGACUCCAAGCCCUUACCGCAAGGCGACGGGAAUUAUGGAUACCGAUAGCAGAUCAAGUGCCUACACAGACAUUACUGUCACACCGAAAUUUUCGGAUGAGAAUACAUCACCGCCCCAGAUGGCGGCGUUAACACAGGGGCAGAGUGAAUACACUUACCGUGGAGUGACCAUCGCUCCUCUUGCGCCAAAAAUGAAGAUCAGGAGCGGUCUCAAGAUCAAAGAUUAUAACCCUAAUUGGAAUCACAGAAGCACUCUCGCCGGCAACGGGGACUACAACACCCCGAGGAACACUCCCAGAAACACAGUUAGUAGCAUCAGUAUGAAUGAGAACUACACCAGCAGCAAACUUAACAACGAAAAUGAGAAUAGAAAAAGGAAAUCCAAAGCUCUUCUCAGAUCUGGUAGCCAGGGGCAUGGAAUACCACCUGUGGUCUAUAGGCCGCGUAGUGUAUUAUCCCAAAUGUCUACGGUGGACAUUGAGAAUGCGGUCAAUACGCAAUUCGGGCCCGUCGUUGGUGGUGAGGGGAUGGGUUGGAAGGGGAAAUCGAAGGAAACUAUUGUGGAGGAGAGGGUCUUUAUGGAAAGGCGGAUGGAAAGCCACUCGGCUUUUAUUUGA